AUGGACGACUUUGGUGAUAAUUUUGUUCAACCCGAAGUAGACCCAGCAGCCGAGUUCUUAGCUCGAGAACAAAACCAACUUGCAGGCCUCGAAGAUGAGUUGGAAACUAGCGCUCCGCCCCCUAUUGCGAGUAGUUUGGCUUCCAAUGGAUUAGAUGAUUUUGUCGAAGUACCAAGUGCAGCAGCAUUUGAAGCCAAUGGUCUGAUGGAUGACGAUGUGGCACCCACACCUGCAGCACCUGUUGUCUCUGUAUUUAGGCAAGAAAGAGAAGAACCUGAAAAGAUCAGGCUGUGGAGAGAGGAACAAAAGAAAAGAUUGGAAGAGAAAGAUGCUGAAGAAGAAAUGAAGAAGCAAGAAAUGUUGAAGGUAGCUAAAAAGGAACUGGAAGAUUGGUACAAAACACAUGAAGAACAGAUAUCCAAAACUAAAGCUGCUAACAGAAACGCAGAAAAAGCUUUAGCUCGAGGAUCAGAGAGCAAUGCUGAUGAUGGGAACGAGUGGACUCGAGUAGCUGAACUUUGCGACUUCGGUCCCCGCAGAGGACGAGAUGUCGCGAGACUUAGAUCGAUUGUUCUUCAACUCAAGCAGUCUGGUGUGAGCCCUAAAUAUCCUCCACGUGCUAAAGUUGCUUGA